GAGGCAGGGAGACAAACAAACAAACUCAUGCUAGUUUCGGGCUUGCGUCAGUGCUAGUCAUGGAACGUGCGUCUAGCGGACGUCGUGACGUUGAGAUGCCGGGCGAAGGAAGGAUGGGGAAAGGACUCUUGAUUGCUGCUACCGUUGUCGAAAGCAAGGAGGAAGAGGGGGCGGGGCUGGUUUCGGUCCCUCCCACUUUAUCCGCCGCGUUGGCUAAGAGAAAGACGAACGGCAGGGAGGAAAGUCUUUCGUCAGCAGCAGAGAAGCAGUUCUGCUCGGUUCGGGAUGGGUUUAAUUUUUGCCAAGCUGUGGAGUCUGUUCUGUAACCAGGAACACAAAGUGAUAAUUGUGGGACUUGACAAUGCUGGAAAAACCACCAUUCUAUACCAGUUCCUAAUGAACGAGGUGGUUCACACUUCUCCCACUAUAGGGAGCAACGUUGAAGAAAUAGUAGUAAAAAAUACCCAUUUUCUCAUGUGGGAUAUUGGAGGACAGGAGUCCUUACGAUCAUCCUGGAAUACCUAUUAUUCAAAUACAGAGUUUAUUAUCCUAGUAGUUGACAGUGUUGAUCGAGAGAGACUGUCUAUCACAAAAGAAGAACUGUGCAGAAUGUUGGCACACGAGGAUUUGCGGAAAGCUGCAGUUCUCAUCUUUGCAAACAAGCAAGAUAUGAAAGGCUGUAUGACAGCGGCUGAAAUUUCCAAGUACCUCACCCUAAGUUCCAUAAAGGAUCACCCGUGGCAUAUUCAGUCUUGUUGUGCACUAACAGGAGAGGGAUUGUGUCAAGGUCUGGAAUGGAUGACUUCCCGAAUUGGAGUAAGAUAACCUUUUUCCUGGAUUCAAAGUAACACUUAUCCUAUGGACAAAGUCUUUUGUGGUACACUUGGCUACUGAGGUAGCAACAUGUUUAACUUAAAACUUCUGAAACCUCCACAAGCAACACUUGAAUCAAGUGCAGCUGAAGUGAAACUCAAAAGUAUUUUUUUAACCUUUUUAAAAUGCACUAAUCUUGGAUGGAUGAACAAGUGGGACUAUAUGAAAGUUCUCCUAUCUAAGCUAAAUGACUGCCUUGUAACAACAUUUGCUAUCAAAAAAGCUCUUUAUAUUAGCUGCUUAAUAGCCUCUAACGUAGGUCAGUUUCCUUCCUUUCCAUUUCUAUGCUGCAACAGCUUUAAGAAUCCUAGGAUUGUGGGUAUUAAAGUCAAGGUGAUGGUAGUUAAAAUAUUGAUACGUACUACAGGUGUUCUCUAACACUGAAACAGUUAUUUAUUUGUUGUUGUUGUUGUUGCCUUUUUGUUUAUAUAUUUUUGUCUUGGUGAACAUAUACCUUUGUAAAAACUUAAUUUGACUGCUGUUUUAUAUAUUGGGUUUUCCUGGAAAAACUUUUUUGUAAAUUAACAGUGAAUAUGCUGCAUGUCUGCAAGGAGAACAAAUUUAUUGCACUGUAUUUUAACAAUGCAAGUUUAAUAGGGAAAAUUAUUCAAAUAUAUUGGGGUAUAUCUUCUCUAACAUUAUUGUGUGGUAACAUUAUGUGAAAGCCAAACUGUCUGAUGGGAGAUCAUGGGAAAGCCAAACUCUCCUGGAUAUUGUGUUUCUACCCAAUGAGGUUCUACAAUCUGAUUCUGAAUCAUUGCAACACAGAAAUUAGUUCUUCGAAAACAACUGAUCUAUGUAAAAUACACACACACCUUGAAAAGCGAGGCCUAAUUACUUCUCCAUUGGAGAAAAUCAUACUGAAAAGUAUACUUGAAAAUAACUGUCAAAUUGGCUUAACCUUUCUAUAGAAACCAUUGAGUAAUGCAUUAAACUGGCUUGCUUUCCCCCCCAAAAAAAA